AUGGGUCCAGCCCCAGCCUCAAUACUUGACCUCUCGCCGGAAAUUCUGGUUCAGAUAUUGGAAUAUCUAUGCCCACACUGCUCGGGCGAGGUUAAAGGCACGGACACUCGAAGCCUGGGAACUCGGGAUUCACGCCUCGUGGAAGCCUCACAAUCCAACCUACAUGGACUCUCGACAUCUUGCAGGAAGCUGAGAAAUAUUGCACAGCCCUGCUUAUACCACUACAUUGUCCAAACUGAAAACGCCAGGUUGAUUGCCCGUACUCUUCUCCAGCGGCCGAGCCUUGCGCAAACAGUUGAAGGGCUAUCCAUCACUGCCUUGGACUUCAACGGUGAAGAUGAUGAGACCCUCUCAGACGAAGAUUUAGCGACAUUGGAGUUGCAGAUGCAAACAGUUAGCACGGAUGCCCUAGAGAACGACACAUUUGAGCGAGAAAACAUUCUAGGAAUGUUGAUGCUAGGCCAUACCCCCAAUAUACAAAAGCUCUCUGUGUUAACAGAUUCCUUCAUCCCUAUGAUGUAUUAUCCAGACGGGGCCUUAUCUUGCCUCACAAUACUCCGUGCUAACUGCGAUGACACUGAAAAUGGGUUUGGCCUAUCGGCUCUUGCGGGCAUUAUGAGGGCCGCUCCGAAUUUGAAGACAUUCGUUGCAAGUAACCUUGUCAAAGUCUCUCUCGAGGAAGGCGAAAUAUUUAGUGAAAGCGUCACGGAAGUUAAUAUCGCAGAAGCCGCAAUAUGGAAAGAGGAUUUCGACAUGCUAAUUCAAGGGUUUCCAAGCCUUCAAGUCUUCCGCUUCGAGACUGGCGGAGACCGUGCCAAUUAUAUAUGGUGUGCGAGCCCAGCUGAUAUGGCAAAGUCUCUGUUAGCUCGCAAGGAGACACUGAAGAAACUUAACCUCAGCGUAAGUGCUGAAUUUUUCCCUGACGGGAAGCUAGAAAGGGGCGACAUGAUCGACGAUUUGUCUCGCAUGACAGCUCUUGAAUCUAUCACCCUCAACAUCGACUCCAUCUAUACCGAAUUUGGCGCCGACUUCUACGAUAGUGAUUCCGACGACGACUUUUAUGAAUAUGGUCCAUCUCUUAUUGACCUAUUGCCAGAAUCCGUCAGGGUCUUGGGCAUCGUGGAACCUUCAGAUGUUGAAGACGGCAUCAUGGAAUUAGCUGCUUCUGCUCCUGAAAGGUUUCCACUGCUUAGAAAGGUCAUGCUCCAGUACGUGAACGACAAUAUGUACAUGGCGUUCAAGAAGGCAUUCAAGAAGGCAGGGAUAAAGUGCGUUAAGUCCAAACGCUUGGACCUCAUCGUACAUGCAUAG